UGACACCCUUUUUCUCUGCUGGUUUUUGUCUCUUUGGUUCCCGUCAAAAAAACCAUUACUUAAAUAAUGGUUUGACGCGAUAUUUGCAUUUACGACUCGAAGCGAAAGGUCUUCGAUUAGUUCUUUUCAGUUCAUGUUUCGUCUCUGUGAUGCUGAAGAAAAAUCAUCAACAACGACUCUGAGCUGAGAUUAGUCGAGAAAACAUCGCAUGGCCAAUAUCACAGCCAAGGAUGAAGCUAACACAGUCAACACAGAAGUGUUACACUUCAUACGCAGUGCUCCGGAUGGUUUAUCUGUUUUUCUCGCAGCACUUAACAUAGUUCUCGCCAUCAUCGGAACUCUGGGCAAUGCCCUUCUACUCAUCGCUUUGCGUAAAGUAACGUCUAUUUAUCCUCCAACAAAACUUUUUUUCCGAAGUUUGGCGAUCACUGAUCUUUUCGUUGGUCUCAUCAUACAACCGAUAUACUCAAUAACUCUUAUUCCUGGGAUAAGCCACAAGAAUCUUGUUUACUACAGCAUCCAAGUAACUGGUAUUUCUGGCUCAAUUUUGUGCUCCGUAUCUAUUUUGAUGUCAACAGCAAUCAGUGUGGACAGGCUUCUGGCGCUGCUUUUGGGGCUGAGAUACAAACAGGUUGUUACUCUAAGGCGCGUGCGAGCGGCGAUUACCUGUAUUUGGUUACUGAGUUGUGCAAUGGGUGGCUGGAGGUACAGCAAUUGGGGCGCUGAAGCUGCCAAGUUCACGCUAUUUGUUUUGAUGCUUCUGUCCCUAAUAAUUUCCAUCUGCUCGUACACGAAGAUCUAUCUUUACCUACAUAAUAAACAGGUUCAGUUACACGCAAAAGAACGUGAGAUCCAUAAAGAACCAUCAUCAAACGGAGGAGAAGGUCGACUGAAUAUGGAAAGAUAUAAGAAGUCGGUUUCUAGUAUAGCAUGGGUACAGUUGGCUUUACUUCUGUGUUUUGUUCCCUUUACUGUUGGUAGUAUGCUAUUCACACACAGAAAACUAACUGGUGUGGCCACUGGAAUAGCGCAUUUUUGUGUAUCUAUCCCAUAUGUGCUGUUUAACCCAGCUCUGAACCCGAUUCUUUACUGCUGGAAGAUCAGAGAAGUCAAACAAGCCAUGAAGGAGACUAUCAGAAAAGUUAUUUGUUGUAUUAAGUCUCACUAGGUUUUUUUUUGUUCCAUAAAAUCUCACUUUACGCUUUGACUUUGCAUGGCGUCUUUGAAAUAUCUCUGGCACCAUAAGGCGAUUUUAUUCCAAGUUUUAAUGGAAAGUUAUUUAUGAUAAAAAUAAAAUUUAAAAUCCGUUUUCAAACGUCACAUGAAACGAGGACAUAAAAACUAAAUUCAAAACCGUUUUCGAUGGCAAAGAAAGGGAACGAAAGCCAAAUUUUUAAAGCAUAAAUUCGGAUUAAAAAUUCGAGUCAAAAUAAACAGUUGAGAAUAGGUAUGUUUUGUUGUGAGAAAAAAAACCAACAACUAAUCGGGAGCAUAAUGUAAAUAGUAAUUUGUAUGUUUUCUUCUUUUAAAUCCCUGUCA